AUAUAAAGGGGCCAUCCUUAAUUACACACUACUCUCUCGGUCUUAACCAUACACAACUGGUAACAGCGCUUUGUUCAUCUAUACAAAACGAGUCAUGGUCCGUGAGAAAAAGCUGGUCGACGAGGUGUCUGGUUGGCUAAGACUCUACGACGAUGGCUCGGUCGAUCGGACAUGGACUGGUCCACCUGAGGUCAAGUUCAUGGCCGAUCCCGUGCCACCCCAUGACCAAUUCAUAGACGGUGUUGCUACUUGCGAUGUCACCGUUAAUGAAAACUCUGGCCUCAGAGCCCGAAUCUACCGACCGGAGCAGAAUCCCACAUCAGGACAUAAACUUCCUAUAGUGCUUCAAUUCCACGGAGGCGGAUUUUGCAUUAGCCAACCUGAUAGCUUCAUGUACUACCAUUUUUACACUAGGCUAGCCAAGUCAGUUCCAGCCAUUGUGGUGUCCCCCUAUCUUCGCCUCGCACCGGAGAACCGGCUCCCGGCAGCCUGUGACGACGGCUACUCCACUUUCCUAUGGCUCAGGUCGUUAGCCAAAGGCGAGUCCCGCAUGUCCUGGCUCAAUGACCAUGCAGAUUUUACUCGUAUUUUCCUCUUAGGAGACAGUUCCGGAGGAAACCUGGUCCAUGAGGUUGCUGCACGGGCAGGUAACGACGACAUAACCCCCUUGGGACUAGCCGGAGCGAUUCCAAUUCAUCCAGGUUUCGUCCGUUCAGAGCGGAGCAAAUCCGAAUUGGAGCAACCCGAAUCCCCAUUUCUGACCCUUGACAUGGUGGACAAAUUCUUGAGUCUGGCGUUGCCGGUGGGAAGCACAAAGGACCACCCAAUUACUUGUCCUAUGGGAGAGGCGGCAAAGCCGCUGGAGGGACUGAAUUUGCCGCCGUAUCUGUUCUGUGUGGCGGAAACUGACUUGAUUAAGGAUACAGAGAUGGAGUUUUACGAGGCCAUGAAAAAGGCUAACAAGGACGUUGAGCUGCUGAUUAGCACCGGGGUGGGUCACAGCUUUUAUCUCAACAAGAUCGCCGUCGACAAGGACCCGAACACCGCUGCCCAAACCAACCGCCUGAUUCAGGGGAUCGAAGAAUUCAUCAAGAAACACUGAAAUUAGCUAGUUCCGUUCUAAAUUAGGGUUGUAUAAUUUAAUGUUUUAAGAUAUUCAAGAAAUUUGGUGAAAGGCGUGAUGAGUAGACGUAGCCCCACCCACCUUGGGUUCUGUCGGAGUACAACAAUGUAAUUUAUGUCGCCUAGCUAGCAAUAAUUGGUGUUUUCUUUUGUUUCCCUUUGAAGGAUGAGAGAGUUGGGGCCUUCUCCCUUCUGUCAUUGUUGUCAGCAGCGAUCAAAAGUUAUAAAAAGUAUUGUAUAUC